AUGACGUCCCCUUUGCGCCGGUCCACGCGCGGCACUAGGAAUGCCGACGCAACAGCAACCUCACCCGAACCAUCCGCCAUGUCGCCUUCAGCAUCACCUACAAAGCUCGAUCGCAAGCGUAAGCGCGUAGAUGAGUCCGACGAGCAGCCACCCGAGCUGCAUACACCCGAUCAGCAUGCUUCGGCUGCAGCAUCCAACAGCGCUGUCAACGGCCACUCGGACGCCUCAGCCCCAGCCGACAAGGCUAAUGGCGUCGCUGACGACACUGCGACACAAGACGCCAGUCAAAAGAAGCAGCUUCCACCGACCUUGCAGGCGCUUCUCGGCAUCUCCAGCUCGCGCCCAACACAAGCGCUGGAGCGCGCCAAGACCGCCGACGAAUCAUCGUCCAGCAAGGUGGAUGAGCUGCUGCUGCUCGAGGAGGACGCUACAAAGCUGCUCGCCAUCGCCGACACCUUGAACGUGGCCGAUCUUCCUGCGACCGCACCGCAACCAGAUGUCAAGGGCAAAUCGCGCAGCGCCAAAGCAUCAUCGACGGCGUCGCAUGCAAUCCGCGCCAUCUUGCAACCCGGCACUCCCCUGCGCGAUGUGCGAGCACGUCUGCUCAGCGCCAGGGAGCCGCUUCUGUCCAAGCCACAGGUGGCCCAGCAUCUGCGCACAUCGCAGACCGCGACUCCGCCUGAAUCCCUCUCAACGGACCUAGCCCACCUUUCGAGCCUCACCCUCAUCCUUGGCCUCGUCGAUCAGCUUGCUUGCCGUAUGCGCGACUCGCACCCGCAGACCGACGCCAUCAAAGCCGAGCUGCUUUGCGCCGAUGUGGAAACGCGAGCACGUCUCUUGGAGAGCAGGAUGGCGCAGACGGCCAAGGAAGGCAAGGCUACCGCAUCCCAGAGCGCCCGGGUCCACGUCAGACCAUCAGAAGACCGCUCCUCGGACGUUGAAGCCACCAACAGAUACGCUCUGCACAUGCGACUGCCUCGAGGCGACUACUUCACCAAAGCAAUCCCGCUCGAUCGCGACCAGCUCAAGAAACUCGACCCGGCCCAGGCCGACAUUGUGCAGAUCAGCGCGCAAAGCGAAGAGCAGAUGCGCACGCUCAAACGCCAGGGCCACGUGCCCACUCCCACCCUCGGACAGAGGUUAGGAAGAAGCGGCCAUCGACACCGAAGCGACUCCAAACGAUCUAUGCAGCCCAAGCUUCAGCCGGUGACAUUCCUCAACUACGGCAACUACGCUUCCUUUGCGCCCUCGUACGACUCGUCGGCAUCCUCCAUCAGCUAUGCCACCAGCGCGGCGCUUUGGCGCACCUCCGCCAAAGCACAUCGCUCGCUAUCGCUGACGUGGGGCGCAAGGCCCUUCCAGGAGGAGGAUCUGCUCGCAGCCGACGACGAUGACGACGACGAAGAGGACGCGGACACCUCGUCAGCAGCCAUUGCCGCUCCGGCUCCGCUCUCCGAUGCCGCGCAUGUGGACGCUGAAGGCGAUGUGGCCAUGGCAGACUCGCCGGAAGACGACGUUGCUGCUGCACUGCGCGAGCUUCUCGACGGCGUCGACCAAGGCGGUGUCAACGAGAGCUUGCACAAGCUCAGCGAGGACGAGCUGAUCACCUCGCAUCUGCGAUUCAACAUGAUGCUGCUCCACCGCCUGCAGGAAUUCCAGUGGGCGCGUCUCCGCAGGUCCUACGGCCCAGGUGCCUCUUCACGCAAGGCCAUCCUGGCGACCGAGGAGGAAUCGCCGAGCGCCGACGAGGAGGCCACCGCCGCACUCUUGUUGGAAUCGCUAAGCGCCAUGGUGGCGCUGCAACCGCGUGCUGUUAAUCUCGCCUCGGAAGCGGUCGAGAGCUUGGUGCCACAUGCGAGCAAGCUGCGUGCCUUCUCUGCCAGCAGUGGCGCCAUCGACCCGGAUCUGCUCGGCGACGUUCGCGAUGGGUUCUGGGGCGCUCUGGAUGCCAACGUGGUCAAAUCCACGCGCACCAGCGUCGUCGCUUCCGAGACUCCCUUGCUGCUGCGCGACGACGUUACUGUCAGACUGGCCGAUGGCAGCGGAUCCAAGGCCAAGAAGACGUCGCGCAGGAUGGGGCCUGGCGGCACGCAGGUGGAGGAACGUGGACGUGGGACUCUGGAGCGAUUCGCGUCGAGCCGCACCUAUGACCAGAGCAACGACCGACACGAUGCUGAGCCAGCGCGGACGACGGGUCCUCCCCAUUCCACGCUGGCCCGAAGCCCCUCGAAAGGCGACGAAACUCCCUCCGCAUCGCGGACGCCCUCUCAGGGACCCUCUCACGCGUCGCCGAUGCCUGCCCACCCACACAUGCACGCAGCGUACGGCCCGGGCCAAGCACAGGGCAUGACGCCACAGUCACAGCGCCUCAUGCCGGGACCAAAUGCGUCGUAUGCUUUCGCAAGCCCCUCGGGCGGUCCCAACCAUCUCGGUCGACCCAUGCAGUAUCAGCAACCCGCCUAUGCUCAGUCGCCCUCGAGAUAA